AGGACCGUCGUCAAAGCGAAUCUGAUCCGGUCACCGCCGGUCCCAAUAAACCAACACACCGCAAUGCCAACGCCCUCUCACGUGUCCUCACUGUAAAGCUACGAAGCAGCAGAGCGAGCCGUUCUUCUCUCCCCCCACCUCGUCCUCCUCCACUUUACAGACCGAUCUACGCGCUCGCCUCCCCUCCAUUUCCUUCGCUUCCAAGUAUUUCGCGAAAUUGUUGGGAUCGACGCCAUCUUGAUCAUCCGUUCGCUCCACGAUCCCUCCGAAUGGCGGCGCUUGUGCUCCUGUUGCUCUUCCUCUUCUCUCUCUGCAGAGCUCAAAUGCCAGGUUUUGUUAGUGUAGAUUGUGGAGGCAAUGAAUCAUAUACAGAUGAGCUUGGACUGGAGUGGACACCAGAUAGUCAAUUUGUAUAUGGCAAAACAGCUAGAAUAUCAGCUCCAAAUGAGAACCGGAAACAAUACAUGACAGCGCGCUACUUUCCUGCAGAUAAUCGAAAAUACUGUUACACAUUCAAUGUUACAGUCAGGACACGCUACCUUGUGCGAACAAGCUUCUUGUAUGGGAAUUUUGAUGAGAGUAAUGUCUAUCCGAAAUUUGACAUCUCAAUUGGAGCAAGUCAUUGGACAACCAUUGUCAUCUAUGAUGCAAAUACCAUUGUGACACACGAGGCUGUUAUCCUUGCUACUGCUCCAGCAAUUAGCAUAUGUGUAUCUAAUGCUACAACUGGGGAACCAUUUAUUUCCACCAUCGAACUUCGACAGUUUAAUGGAUCAUUGUACCACACGGAUUUUGAGACUCAGUUCUUCUUGAGUCUAUCUGCGAGAAUAAAUUUCGGUGCUGAGACUAAUGAAUCUGUCAGGUAUCCUGAUGAUCCAUAUGAUCGAAUAUGGGAAUCUGAUUCUUUGAAGAGGGCGAACUACCUUGUUGAUGUUGCUGCUGGAACUCAAAGAAUAUCAACCACUGUGCCUAUAGAUGUUAAUAGUGAUGAAAGACCUCCAUCCAAGGUGAUGCAGACUGCAGUAGUGGGUCAAAAUGGAGGCUUAAAUUAUCGUCUUAACCUGAAUGGGUUUCCGGGGAAUGGUUGGGCGUUUUGUUAUUUUGCAGAAAUUGAAGAUUUGAAACCAGAUGAAAUCAGGAAAUUCAGGUUGGUGCUUCCGGGGAACAAGGAACUUACGCGUCUCAUUGUAAAUGUCGAAGAAAAUGCCCAACGGAAGUAUAGGCUAUAUGAACCGGGAUCAUAUAAUAUAAGUCUCCCUUUUGUCUUGUCUUUUGCUUUUAAGAAAACAAAUGAUUCAUCCAAGGGACCUAUCUUAAAUGCUUUUGAGAUAUACAAGUAUAUGGAGAUAAAUUAUGGAUCCCUAGACGCACUGACCAUGGAAAGCUUUGUAUCACAUUAUCCAAAAGAAGUUUGGGCACAAGAAGGUGGAGAUCCAUGCUUACCAGCUCCAUGGUCAUGGGUUCAAUGUAAUUCAGAUCCGCAACCACAAAUUGUUUCAAUACUAUCAGGGAGAAAUUUGACGGGGAAUAUACCUGCAGAGCUUGCUAGUUUAACUGGCCUAGUCGAAUUAUGGCUUGAUGGAAACGUGCUUAGUGGCCAUAUACCUGAUCUCGGUGCAUGCUUAAGUCUCAGAAACAUUCACCUUGAGAACAAUAAGUUAACUGGUGAUCUAUCAUUUUUGGAUGGCCUACCAAAUUUACAAGAACUGUAUGUGCAGAACAAUAUGCUGUCCGGAACAGUACCUGGUCAUCUUCUUGGCAAAAAUAUAGUUUUCACUUACUAUGGAAAUCCGUAUCUAGAUGGGGGAUGCAGUAGCAAGAAGCGCACCAUAAUUGUCAUUUUUUGUGUUAUCGGAUUCUCUGUACUACUUGCAACUGUAUUCACCUACUUAAUUGCAUCCAAGAAACUUAGACUAUUUUCAAGAGAAGAUGAUCUUCCACCUCCCCAACCAUUCCAAGAGUCGAGUGCUUCUUUCGGAGGAUUUGGCAUUGAAACAGCACAUAGAUAUUGGUUAUCUGAAAUCAAUGAUGCCACAGAAAACUUUGCUAAAAAAGUUGGUUCUGGGGGCUAUGGGACAGUGUAUUAUGGAAAGUUGAAAAACGGAAAAGAAAUUGCUGUCAAAGUUCAAACCAAUGAUUCUUGUCAGGGAAACAGACAGUUCUCAAGUGAGGUUUCUCUACUUUCAAGAAUACAUCACAGAAAUCUGGUUGAAUUUCUCGGUUACUGCCAGCAAGAAGGCAAAAGCAUUCUUGUAUAUGAGUUUAUGCAUAAUGGAACACUGAAAGAGCAUCUUCAUGGCUCCUUGUCUCAGGAAAGUCCCAUCAGUUGGAUAAAGCGUCUUGAGAUUGCCGAAGAUGCUGCAAAAGGCAUCGAGUAUCUCCAUACUGGCUGCUCUCCAACCAUCAUCCAUAGGGAUCUCAAGACCAGUAACAUUCUUCUAGACAAGCAAAUGAGGGCAAAAGUCUCAGAUUUUGGUCUCUCGAAACCUGCUGUGGAUGAAUCCCACAUCUCAAGUGUUGUUCGAGGAACGUUGGGCUACUUGGACCCUGAGUAUUACACUUCGCAGCAAUUAACAGUGAAGAGUGAUGUAUACAGUUUUGGCGUUAUUCUUUUGGAGCUUAUUUCUGGUAGAGAGCCAAUAUCUAAUACAAAUUUCGGAGACCGAUUCCGCAGCAUAUGCCAGUGGGCAAGGUUUCAUUGCGAGAACGGAAAUAUUGAAGCUAUAAUUGAUCCUUCCAUUUGCAAUGGCUGCCAGGACAUCCAGUCCAUGUGGAAGAUCGCCGAUGUGGCAGUGAGAUGUGUCAACCGCGAAAUGAGGAACAGGCCGUUCAUGUCUGAAGUGCUUAAGGAGAUCCAAGAGGCCAUUACGAUGGAGCAAGCUCCCGCGAACACGCAAUCUGUUGAUUUUUUGGGCAUAGAUUUUGUAGACACCAGGAUCAACCCUCAACAAGAUGCUGAUUCUAGCCUUUCAUUUAAUCUGCCGCAGCUACGUUAGUUCCUUGCUUUUGCUUAAAAUUUUGAUGAUUUUGUUCAUGAAAAAGAGUAACUGGUGAGCAAAUGUACAUCAGCUUGUUAUCAGUCAGUUCAUGUCUAGGAAUGUUGUGCAACUUUGGGGAGAACUAUUGGUAUCAUUUGGAUUUAAUAUUCAAAAUUUAUUGUAUUGGAAUGU